AUGAAGGAAAACCUACGCGCGUCUGCACAAUUCAAACAAUCACUCAAACUAAACGGCCCAUAUUUCUUGGUUGAGGCGAUCAAGAAGGGCCACGGUGGCGCGGCGUCUCUGCUGGAAGAAGCCGGCGCGGCGGCACACGUGGAGAGCCCCGGGAUAUGUCUGUGCGAGGCCGUUGCUAGAAAUGAGUUGGAUUUUGUUGCAAGGCUUUUGGCAAAUGGAAUGAAUCCCAACUCCAAGAAUUAUAAUCUUCAGACACCUCUGCAUGUGGCUGCUGCAGAGGGCUUGUUUGAAGUGUCUGUUUUGCUCUUGCAAAAUGGGGGCAGCGUCUUCGCAAGGGACAGAUGGGGAAGGACUCCAUUAGAGGAGGCUCGAGUAGGAGGAGAUCAUAAACUAGUUCAGUUGUUGGAAGAUGCAAAGCGUCGUCAUCAGAUGUCGGAUUUUUCUGGUUAA